AACAAAACGCUAUACCGAUUGAUUCGUUUAUUUUCCGGCUAAAACGCGUUUUUGUGACUACAUUUUGCCGAAAUACGAUUUUUUUCCGAACAUAUUUAAUCAAACUCGUUAACCGGUGCUAAAUUAGGGCUUUCGCUUACGCAUUUUCUGAAAAGGGCUUAUCGAUUUUGCACUUAACCUAUAAAAUUUCGUGAGUGAAUCACCCCCCCCUGGAAGGGACAAAGCCACCCCUUUCGUUGUGGUUGUUGUUUUGUUUUCUCGGUCGAAGAAGGAGGAUGAUGGAGUGAACUGGGGUAUUGGUGCAGUAUUGAAGUCUGGAAGUGUCUUUUUUUUUGUUCUAAUAUUUUGAAAAUUAAUGAUUUUUAUCAGGGUGACCUUAUCACAUGUGGAUUAAAUCUUUUUUUUGUUGUUUUAAUAACUGUGUUAUCUUAAUUUAUAUACCUACGGAUGUGCUUAGUAGUGAAAUUCUUUCUAUUAUACAAUAGUGUUUCUAUUUAAAGGAUUUUAAAUUCCCUGACCCAUGCUAGGAACUUUAAAAUUAUAGUGAUUAGGACGUCAUGGUUUGAACUAUGGAUUUUGACAAGGACCUCUCCUUGCAAGAAUGGACCAGAGAGCAGCCUCUGGCUGUCCUGUCCCUGGACAGCGCGGACAGAGCUGUUUUACGAAUAGCAGACGAACGAGACGCAGUCCAAAAGAAAACGUUCACGAAAUGGGUCAACAAACAUCUCAAAAAGACUUAUACGUGCCUUCAUGUCUGUGUUUAUAUCAACAAUAGUCCAUGUUGUCCCCCUGCCAAACGCAACAUUCGAGAUCUCUUCGAGGAUCUGCGAGACGGGCACAAUUUAAUCUCCCUCUUGGAAGUACUCACUGGCGAACAACUUCCGAGGGAACGAGGUCAGAUGCGUUUCCAUAUGCUGCACAACAUAGACACCGCCCUGCAUUUUUUACGUUGCAAGAACGUAAAACUAGUCAACAUCAGGUCCGAAGAUAUUGUGGACGGUAACCCUAAGUUAACCCUAGGGUUAAUAUGGACUAUUAUUUUGCACUUCCAGAUCUCGGACAUAAUCGUGGGUCAAGAACCAAACGUUUCGGCCAGAGACUACCUCCUCAGGUGGGCAAAACGAACGACGCACAAAUAUCCGGGAGUACAAGUGCAGGAUUUCACGAAAUCCUGGAGAGAUGGUUUGGCUUUCUCGUCGAUUCUGCAUAGGAACCGGCCCGAUCUUAUUGAUUGGGGUAGGGUUAGGAGCCAGAGGCCCAGGGAACGUCUGGAAACGGUGUUCUUUGUUGCCGAGAAGGAGUAUGGUGUCACCAGGCUCUUGGAUCCAGAAGAUGUUGAUACCCACGAACCCGACGAGAAAUCCCUCAUCACUUACAUCUCAUCGUUGCACGAGGUGUUCCCGGAACCGCCCCCCAUCCACCCCCUUUACGACUCCGUUGCCCAGCAAAAAAUGCAGGAAUACAGGGAGCUCGCGUCUAGUCUUCACAUGUGGAUGAGGGAGAAUUUCAGUCUCAUGCAGGAUCGUAACUUCCCUCCCACUCUAAUUGAAAUGAAAAAACUCGCUACUGAAUCUGCACGAUUCCGUACUGAAGAGAUACCACCCAGACAGAGGGACAAGGGAUACUGCCAUCAGUUGUUUAGGGAUUUGGAGAAGUACUUCAAAACUGUUGGAGAAGUGGAUAUUGAGCCAGAACUCCAUAUCGAGAAUAUCGAGAGGAACUGGCAGAGAUUAAUGAACGCUUAUCAAGAGAGAGACAGGCAUAUUAUCGAAGAAAUUAAACGACUUGAGAAAUUACAAAGAUUAGCAGAAAAAGUUCAUCGCGAAAUAAAACAAACCGACUCACAUUUAGACCAAAUCGAGCAGGCAAUUGAACUCGAAUCGAGACGAAUCGAACGACUCCAUCCGCUAGAAGCGAAAAAAGUGGCCGAUCAGAUCGAUCACGAACUCGUGGUUACCGAAAAGUCAAUUCAGUCACUGAAAUCCGACGUGAACACUUUGAGAAACGGCAGAUACCCCCAGGCUGGCGAGCUGGACAAACGGGUAAACAAACUGCACGACAAGUGGGUGAAAUUGAGGCACAGCCUCCAUAAUAAGAUCGUCGAUCCGUUGGCCAACAUGAGCUUCCCAGUGGAGGAAAGAACCGUAACUAAGCAAAUUAAAACCGUUCAAGAAACCAGAAAUAUUGAGAACAAUCCGCACUUUAGGAGUUUGCAGGAGCAUAUUGACUGGUGCAAAAACAAAUUGAAACAAUUAAAGAAGGCAGACUAUGGAACUGAUUUAUCGUCCGUCCAGCAAGAGCGUGAUAUUCACCAACGUGAACAUAAGACUAUUGAACAGUAUCAUUCCAAAGUAGAGCAAUGCGUGAAAGCUAGACAGUAUUUUAGUGGAGAAGAACUUUCUUUGUAUAAUCAGCAUUUGGGUCAAUUACAAAAGGUUUAUGCUGAGCUACUCUCAUUUAGCACCAAUAGAGCAAACGAUUUGGAGAGCCUGUAUGAUUUUAUUCAAUCCGCUAGCAGAGAGUUACAGUGGCUCAAUGAAAAAGAGGAAAUCGAAGUGACCAGAGACUGGAGCGAUGUGAAAUUGGACGUAGAAGCGGUGGAGAAGUAUUUUGAGCACUUAAUGAGUGACCUAGAAAAACGCGAAAUUCAAUUUAACUCAAUCCUCGAGCGAGGCGAAGCUUUGGUACUCCAAAACCAUCCCGCAACCAAAGCUAUUGAAGCCCAUUUGGCUGCGAUGAACGCACAAUGGGCAUGGUUGCUUCAACUCACCCAUUGCUUAGAGACCCACCUACAAAACACGAGGAUCUAUCAGCAAUUUUUCAAGGACGUACAUGAAGCCGAGGAAUGGAUAAGAGAGAAAGAUGAAAUAAUGAACACGGAGUUUAGUCAGGGUGAGUUUAGUUUAGAUGUUGGCGAGAGGCUUUUGCAAGGUAUGCAAGCCUUACGGGACGAACUAAAUACUUUCGGAGACCAAGUUCAGACGUUGGUGCAGAGGGCGCAAACUGUUGUACCUUUGAAACAGAGGAGGCAGCCUAUUACCAGACCUAUGAGCGUCACUGCCAUUUGUAACUAUAAGAAAAAUGACUUUGCAAUCGAACGCAACAAAGAAUGCACCCUAACAGACAACUCCGGAAGAACAAAAUGGAGAGUUCACAACUCCAAGGGAAUCGAAUGCCAGGUGCCUGGAGUAUGUUUUGUACUCCCACCUCCUGACAAAGAUGCUCUGGAUGCAGUAGAUCGUCUACAGCGCCAAUAUGACCGCUCAAUCGCCUUAUGGCAGAAGAAACAACUAAGAAUGAGACAAAAUAUGAUUUUUGCCACCAUAAAAGUGGUUAAAGGUUGGGACCUACCUCAGUUUAUUGCCAUCGGGGCUGAACAAAGAAACGCCAUAAGAAAAGCUUUGAACGAAGACGCUGAUAAGUUAAUUGCUGAAGGAGAUCCGUCUGAUCCGCAGCUGAGAAGGCUCAGAAGGGAAAUGGACGAAGUAAAUCGCCUAUUUGACGAAUUCGAGAAAAGAGCUCGCGCGGAAGAAGAGAGCAAAAACCAAUCCAAAGUGUUCAACAAUCAAAUCUACAAUUUACAACGUGCCUUAGAUGAAGCGGAAAGAAUAAUCAACCAACGUGUCUUAUCAGGUUUACCGCGCGACGUGGACACCCUACAACAUCUAGUCUUGGAGCAUAAAGAAUUCGAAUCUAGACUUCAAAACCUUGAACCGGAAGUGGAACAGGUCAAGGAUACUUUCCGGUCCAUCACACUAAAAACGCCACAACAUAAAAAAGACUUGGAAAAGGUGUUGGACAAGUGGAACUACAUCUGGAACACUUCCAACCUGUACAUCGAGCGUCUUAAGUGCAUGGAAAUUGUCCUCAAUGGCAUGGAAGAUGCUCAGCAAGUUAUCUCGGAGUUUGAAAGUAAACUUGCCAGCCUCAAGGAGCUUCCCAACACUGAAAAGGGAUUGAAAGCUGUGCACGAUGAUCUUUUGAAGCUGGAGAGCGCAGUGGGUCAGCAACAGAUCGCCAUGGAUCAGCUGAAUGAUGAUUUCGAUAAUGCCAGGAGGUUGACUGAGAAGUCCCGCCCGAACCAACGAGGUCCACAUUCAGACGUGGAAAGGCUGGAUAAGGAUGUGCAAAGAUUAAACAGCAGAUGGGCAAGCGUAUGUCAGCAACUAGCCGACCGCUUAAGAGGAUGUCAGCAGGCGUACGAUUUGUUGCAAAAGUACGGGGAAGCUAAACAAGUGGAAGACAAAUGGUUGGAUGAGCAAUAUGGUAAAUUGGAAGCUUUGCAGCCGAUUAAGGAUAGGGCCAAGGAGCAUUUGGAUGCCACCCGGAACUUGUUGAACAGCGUUGUGGAACGCACCCCCAAGAUAGAACAGGUCAAUUUGAACGGUGGUAGAUUCAUCAGGGAAGGAAAGAUAUGGAGCAAGGGCGUGCAAAAAUUCCGCGACGCCCUUCUCGACGCCAGUCCCUCACUGGAUGCGAGCGACGCGUUCCGGAAACCGGAAAUGACGACGGGCCAAUCCGGCGCCGACGUCGUCAGUAGGGAAUUGGACGAAAUGAACGAUAGAUAUCGUUACUUGAUGGACUUGUUGUAUGGAAGGUUGCAGGAGAUUGCUAAGAUGAAUCCGAACGACAUAGUAACAUUGAGAUUGGUCGAACAAAUGCAACCGCAACCUUUCAGAACGUUCAGGACCGAAUUCCAUAUGAGUAGUGCAAGCGAACACACCUCAACCUAUACCACGACGACACAUUACAGCAAACAGUAUAUUCAAUCAACAAGAACGGAAAAUGGUACGACAAUAAAAAUAUCUGACCAAAAACAUUCAAAACAUAAUUCGGACGAGACAGACCGAAUCACAAACGGCCGUCCUCCAGAUAAGCACACCACUCGUACACAAAUUAUUCAGGAGGUGCCACAAACCUGGGGUACCUCAAUGCAAUUUACAGAAAUUAAAUCUCUUAAGCGGGUGCAUAAAGUAAAUGAAGGUAUCGGCACUGAGCCUAUUAGUGAUAUGGCCGGUAUAAUAAAUCCUUACACUGGAGAACAUAUGACCAUCAAAGAUGCCAUAUUGGAAAGAAUUUUGGAUGUUAGAAGUGGUAGAAUAAUUGCCUCGCCUGAUGGUACUCAGGUGACCAUCGAGGAAGCGAAAAGACGUGGAAUAAUAGAUCCUAAAGUAGCUGACAAAUUACAAAGUCCAUGUGGCAUCAACGAAGAUGGCAGAGAACUGACUCUACUAGAAGCAAUUCAGAAAGACAUCUUUGACGCUGAACACGGUUUCACUGAUGGAAGUGAGAAGCGUCAAAAGGUAACUCAUUCAAUGACGAUAAACCAAGCCAUUGAUGAUGGUAGAGUAGACGUUAAUUCAGGCACAUACAGGCUAGAAACUGGCGAAACCAUUGAUAUACAGGAGGCGUAUAAAAGAGGGUACCUUCUGCAGCACACGGAAGUUAAAUUACAAACGGGUGCUUUAUCUUUAACAGACAUCAUAACCCAAGGUUUGAUCGAUGACGUUACUGGUUGGAUCAUUGAUAGGAAUUCGGGAAAUAAGUAUCAAAUCGAUGCGGCAGCUAAAUGUAACAUUCUCGAGAAUGAUCUUCGUGAAAUUGUCGAUCCUAAAAUUGAUUCUAAAGUUACAGUUAUACAAGCGCUCGAGCGGGGCAUUUUGAAUCCAAAACUCGGAAAAUUCGUUUCGGGUCACGAAAAAUUAUCUUUACUUGAAGCUAAACGGCGGCAGCUUAUCGUAAAACCAAAAACCCUAAAAGAAGUCGUUGACGAUAAUCUUAUUGAUGAUGAAGGUAAAAUCCUUUCUCCCUUACAUCUCUCCAGACUAACUCUUCUUGAAGCAGCUAACCGUGGCGUCUUAGAUGUAGAUCAAAUAAAAUCCAUUCUAGACUUUCGUACCAGUGAUCUUAUAACCUUAAACGAAGCCCUUAAAGAGGGCAUCAUCCUCCCUGAUAGCAAAUUCCGAAAUCUCGUAACAGGUGAAACGCUCGCUAUACAAGAUGCAGUUAGUCGUGGCUAUAUAAUAUCCGUAGUUAGAAAAUCCAUCUUUGAUGUGGAUGGCUUCCAGCCACCAGAUAAGAGCGAUCAUAUAAGUUUCAAUGCGGCUUGCGCUAAAGGUUUUAUCAGUAAAAAACAAAACGGCAGCUUAUUAGUUAAUAAAAAGAGCGGCAAACUUAUUACUUUCGCCGAAGGGGUUCAAACUGGCGAAGUAAAACCUGAGGUAUAUGAAAUGCUCACUCGGAAUAUAGGUAUCUUCGAAAACGAACGUGAGUUAACUGUUUUAGAAGCAGUAUUCAACGGAUACAUAGAUCCAAAAACCGGUAAUCUUCUAGAUAUAAAGACUAGCAAAGUGGUGUACCUGAACGAAGCCAUCGCGCAGCAUCUUAUUACCCCUGAAGGAGCAUCUACGUUAAAUAGUCUUCUAAAUCUAAAUGUUUCCACAAAAGUAACCCGUACUCUAGUGCAGCGCUAUGUCACAGUCACUAGUAAAGACAUUAAGCAAGAGACUAUUACUUACACUGACGCACUGCGCCUUGGACUUAUAAACAAUGAGUUGCAAACAUUUACAGACCCUACUACUAAAGAAACCAUUCCUAUAGUGCAAGCUAUUAGCGAGGGCAAGCUUGCUCCAGAUGUCGAGAGCUCAGAAAUGGUCAUUAGUCCUCAAAAAGCUCCUUGUUCAACUGUGAUAACUAUCGUAAGCAAAAAGGAAACGCCAAUUUAUAGGGAGCAAGUCCAAACUAAGACAGGUGACUUCAUUCUCUCAGAAAAACGAUCUUCUGAAAAGCAGGUCUAUGAGUUACCAAGUGACGGGUGGUCAUUGCAGGACGCCAUUAACCAAAAACUAUUCGACCCUGUCACGGGAUUAUUUAUAAUUCCUGGCACUGACAGAUUGGCUAGCUUUGAAGAAUGCGUUCAAUUAAAACUGAUUAGCUCCCACUCAGCAAUAGUAAUUGAUCCAAUAAGCCAGAGACGAUUAAGUAUCAACAAAGCACUGGGCAAAAAAAUCGUGGACUCCACUGGACACUACAAAAUCGAUGGCAAAAAGCUCACGUUAAAAGAAGCAAUUGAGCAGGGGUAUAUUUUAUUCGAAAACGUUACCCAGAAAGACCAAGCAGCACAGAGACUACUUCAAAUAACCAAAUCAGAAGGAGAACCCCCCAAAGUGGAAGUAUCCACAGUCCUUGACAAGAAUCCCCCUGUAUACACUGAGGUUCAUAUAUCAGAAACUGGCACAACAGAACCUGUGCAGGUUUUGCCAGGAGUCAUUUAUGACCCAUCCACCAACGUAGUUGUUUAUCCCGAAAAGAACGAAGCAUUAGAUCUAAUACAAGCGGUCCAAAAAAAUAAACUGCCUGCAGAGACUGUCAAAGUUACAGAUCCCUUCACGGGCAAAACAAUGGAUAUCAAGGAGGCUAUAAGAAGAAACAUCAUUGACCCAGAAAAAGGACAGUACACAGAUAAAGUUGGCCAAAAAAUGUCUCUUAAAGAUGCCGCAAAGUUUGGAAUAGUUUGCGUUGUAGGAGCUCCUAUAGCAGCUGCCACCUCUCUAGUAAAAACGAUUAAAACCUUACAUAUAGUACAUCCUAAAACUGGCGAAAAACUGCCUGUGGAACAAGCGUUGAAGGAAGGUCUAAUAGACUUGGCGACCUACGAAAAGAUGCAGGCUGAGCUAGACAAUAAAGACAUUCCUGGCACAGGUAGCCAAACCACUCUAACCCUGACACACAGCGUAGUAAAAAUAACAGACCCAAACACCGGCAAGACAUACACAUCACAAGAAGCAUUAGAGCAAGGACUAAUAACGCCUCAACAACUGGAAGAGAUUGAGAAGCAAAAUAAAGAUUCUACAAAAAUCAAGGUUCUUGAUACCACAACCAUUAGUCUGGAUAAUGAUGAUGGCCCCUCAGAGGCAGAAAAGACUAGAGCUCGUAUAACAAUUGAACCAACAUAUAAAGUAAAAAUAGGCAGAGCCCAGUCGUUGAGUCCUGAGAGAGAAGCAAAAAAAGUAGUACUUCAGAAGCUUCGAAGGAGAAUAGUCAGGCCUGAAGAUGCCGAAAAGAAGGGCCUAGUAGAGUCUGAUGCAGCUAUUUUGCUUACUGAUAAAAACACUUUUAUUGGCCCUACGGGCGAAACAUUGACACUUCAAGAAGCUUUGGAAUCUAAAGGAUUAGAUGGCGAUAUGGGUGUUAUUAUAGACCCCCAACGUGGUGAUCAAUUAACUAUUAAUGAAGCCGUAUCACGUGGUAUCCUAGAUCCCGAUAGUUCCAACGAGAUUCUAGUGCCUAUUAAUCGAAGUCUUUCCAUUCCAGAAGUUAUCAAACAAGGACUUAUUGACACAGAGACGCAGAAAGUUAUUCAUCCAGAAACUGGAGCACACCUUAGUAUUAGUGAAGCUAUAGUCUGUGAUAUUGUUGAUCCCUUAAGUACUUUAAGAGAAAAAACUGGCGAUAAAUUAACUUUAGGUGAAGCUCUUGAGUCUGGGGUGGUUGACGAUGAAACGUCUGUAGUGGUCACUAAAGAUGGUAGCAAAAAUCUUCAAGAAGCGGUAGAGGCCCAGGUCUUUGAUGACGUCAAGAUUAAAGGGCCACUAGAUUUACCACCUGCUGGAAUGACUUUACCUGUAGCAAUAAAGCGUGGCUUAGUUGACAUAGAAAAAAAAGAACUAGUUCAUCCAGUUACCAAAGAACCGAUUCCUCUAUCAGAUGCGAUUAAGGACAACUUAAUAAUGACUUUACCAUUCCCAGUUGCUUCUCACGCCGUUAAAAUAGAGAAAGCUUUAGAUUCUAAACUUAUCGACGUUAAUGCUGGUACUUUUAAGGAACCCCAAUCUGGCGAAGUGGUUCCAAUAACAGAAGCAAUAGAAAAAGGUCUUUUAAUAGUGAAAGAACCCACAAGUAUUAUUUCAGAAAGUCCUAGCGCUCCAGUAACUACUGUAACAGAGACGGUUAAUACUAUUCAUACUGUCACCACUAAGACUAUUGAGAUUUUAUCAGGUUAUGCCAUGUUAAACAAAGAUGAAGUGCAAAACAUUGAAACUGGCCAGAUAAUCCCAAUUGAGGAAGCUAAGGCACAAGGCAUUAUAAAGGAUGUCAAGGAAACCAAGAACAAAACAGUUUUCAAAGAUAUUCAUAUGUCAUUCUCCGACGCACUAAAUAAAGGCCUCGUAGAUAUGAAUAAAGGAACAUUUACAGAUCCUCAAUCUGGAGAAUCUAUUACUAUCCAGCAAGCUAUCCAAGAUGGUAAAAUAUCCGCGACGCCUCAAAUAAGUGAGGAAUGCAGAGAGGCGUCUGUGACAACAACGAAAACUAGUGAGCUAAAUAUUUCUGAAGCGUUUGAAACCAUUUACGAUGAAAAAACGCAGAGAUUCAUUGACGUAGCCGGCGAUAAACAAGAAAUCACAUUCCAAGAGGCCUUAAACAAGGAAAUUAUUGAUCCCAAUUCCAUUAUUUAUGACGUUACAUCACAAAAACCAGUAACAAUAGAGCAAGCGGUAGAAAGAGGAUUGAUUGAUAGUAAAACUGGCAAAAUUAAAGAUGAAAAGAGUGGCAAGAGCAUCGAUUUUAAGGAGGCAACAAAGAAAGGUCUUAUUGCUGUUCUUGGAGGCUUAGCUCUACCAGUUGUGGCUCCUGUUGUUGCUGGCGUUGCGGCUGUAAAUGCCGUAAAAGAAUACGCCGAGAAAAAGAAGGCUGAAAAUAAAAUUAGUACCGUAGAAGUUGAUAGUUCCACCGAACUUAUUAAGCACGAAGCAAAAGUACAACUACCUCAACAUAAAACUUCCACUGUCCACAUUAUCACCAAAGAAGAAUCUAUUUCUAGCCCAGAUAUUGUACAAAUAUUACCGAUAGGGGAUGCUAUAUCUCAAAAACUGAUAGAACCUAAAAUAUGUCGCAUAAUAUACGCAAGCAAAGAGCUGCCCUACACCAUUCAGGAUGGUUUAGAUCAAGGUAAAGUAAGUCCACUGGAUGAGGUGCAAGUAAUCACAAACCACAGAGUAAUUCUGAUAGAUGUUCACAAAACAGCCAUCAUAACAAUUUCACGACACUUAACAGCACAAAAACUUUGUGAGCUCGGAUAUUACGAUAUGCGAAAGCGGAUGUUCAUGGAUCCUCAAACUGGAGCUCAUAUUACUUUUGAGGAGUUGGUGUAUGAUUUAGGAGUCAUUGAUCCUGAUACCAUUUUGGUCAAAGAUCUGACCAGUAAGCCUCCUACGUACAUAUCGCUCCAUGAAGCCUUGGAAAAACCAUUGCUUGACAGGCAAACGGGUUACAUGGUAGACCGAAAAACAGGCAAAAAAGUACCGUUCUUUGAAGCUGUGAAGCUUCGCUGGAUAAUUCAUGCGGAUGAUAAACCUAAAGAGAAAUUUAAGCCUCUAACUCUUCAAGAAAUUGCCAAUACUGAUAACUUUGAUCCCGUUAAAGUAGAGGUUAAGACUGACAAAGAAAAUGUGCCUCUUAUUAAAGCUUUAAAUUCCAAUCUAGUUGACCCCAAGUCAGUCACUAUUAGAGACUCCAAAAAUAUGCAACUAGUACCUUAUUAUGAAGCUAUUGAUAAACAGAUUGUAGAUCCACAAAGAGGUCUUGUUUUGAAUACUGCCACACAGAAAAACAUUUCUUUCACUGAAGCUUUUCUUACUGGGCUGGUUCUUGCUAUUCCAAGGCCAAUAUCUUUACAAGCUGUUCUACAUAAAGACAUGUAUGAUACAGAAACCCUUAAGAUCAAAGAUCCCUUAACGAAACAAUAUUUAACAGUAAAAGAAAGUAUUGAAAGACAUAUUGUGGAUGACAAGAUUAGUGAGAUCAAAGAUGUUCAGGAAAAUACUUAUAUAACACUGGAGGAUGCUAUUUCAAAAAAUAUUAUAGAAUCUGGGCAGAUUAAGAACACAAAGUCGGGUCAGCUGGUGCCUCUUGAUCAAGCUCUGGAUCAACAAAUGAUUAGAACUAAAUCGUUAGUGUUUAACUUGCUUCAAGUCAUCUUAGCUAAUUACUAUUCUCCCCAAACUGGCCUGAUACUGAACCCUAUUACUGGGGAUGAAAUUACCUUGGCGAAAGCUAUUGAGUAUAAACUGGUAGAUCCAGUGACAACAAGAAUCAAGGAUGAUAGACGCAGCAGAAUCGUUGAAAUACAUGAAGCCAUUGAACAGAAACUCAUAGAUUCCGAAAAGGGGCUUCUAACUAACCCUCCUUUAACUUUAGAUCAGGCUUAUUUGAAAGGCUAUAUCCUAAGUACAGUUUUACCCUGGUCAUUGCAAGAAACUUUGGCCCAAAAUGUAUAUGAUUCCACAACUGGCCAAAUUAUAUUUAAUGACUCAAAUGUUACAAUCAGUCAAGCUAUUGAAGGAGGUAUUGUGAAUCCCAAUGUACUAACAGUGAAGGAUCCUAAGUCCGGAGACAUUAUCACUCUAAAUGAGGCUAUUAAAGCUAAGUUGAUUGACCCUAUAAAGGGGCAAGCCUAUGAUCCAACAACGAACGUAGAGAUGAAUCUAGUUGAGGCGCAAGAACGAGGAUUGAUAGUACCUUAUAAAACUCAAAUAACUCUACCGGAAGCAGUUUUCAAAGGCUUUUACGAUCCAGCCACUGGUAAAUUCAUUAAUCCGAAAAACAAAGAACGGCUGAAAGCCUCGAGUGCUAUCAACAGAGGUUACGUAGAUGCUUCUGGAACUCUUGUUACAAUUGAUGAAGAGGUUGUUACUUUUGAACAAGCAGUUUCCGAUGGCAUAAUUGACACGAACGAGGGUAUUAUUAUGAGUUACAAUGAGCCAGUUGAUUUCAAUGAGGCAUUUGAGCGUGGCUUGUUGGUAGAAAUCCGACCUCCGGUACCUUUAAGUGAGGCUAUAGUCAAAGGACUUUAUGACGAAGAAUCUCAGCUGUUCUUGGAUCCGCAGACUGGGCAAUACUUGACACUAAUCGAGGCAAUUGAAAUUUGUUUGAUUGACGCAGAAUCUGUUAGCGUUAAAGAUACUAGAGUGGGAAUUUGGAGGAAGAUACCACUGAUUGAUGCGAUACACAACAACUAUAUUGAUGGUAACACUGGACAAGUUAAAGAUUUCUCUAAAGGGGAAGGUUAUGAAGUGUCUUUGCAAAAGGCUUUUGAUUUGGGGAUAUUAGUAGAUAAUAAGGCUGCAUUGACAUUGCAGAGAGCCAUUCAUCAAGGAUUGUAUGAUGAAAAUACUGGUAAAAUUCUUGAUCCUUCGACUGACAGAAAAGUGACACUGCAUGAAGCUAUAAGGAACUUUAAUAUUAAUCCUCUGCUUCCUUGUUACUUUGAUAGACAUCAGGGAAUGCUGUACAACUUAAGUGAGACAUGUAGAUUGGGUAUUAUUGAUAAAAGAAAUGGGACAUUUAAAGAUCCCAACACUGAUAAGGUUUUGAAACUGUCAGAGGCUUUAAAUCAGGGAUUAAUGGUUGACAUUGAAACUGCUAACUUUGGUUUAUCUGAGGCUUUGGAAAUGGGAUUUUAUAUUCCUGAAGAAGGUUUGUUUGUACAUCCAUCCACUGGAAGAAAGUAUAACUUAAAAGAAGCUAUUGAAAACGAGUUAAUUAAUCCAGUUAAUUCCAUAGUGAAGAACAGUAAACUAAAUAAAUAUGUGCAGCUGACAGUAGCAAUUGAAACUAAAAUCAUAGAUGAGCAGCUAAGUAUUUAUGUAUACCCUCAUGGAAAAACUAUAAAUUUGUUGGAAGCAAAGAACAAGGGGUUAGUAGUGACUGGAAGAACACCUAUAACAUUAGAGGAAGCGUUACAUAAUUGUCUUUAUAGGCCAGAGAGUGGCAAAAUUGCUGAUCCUAUGAAUAACGAGUUUUAUGAUCUCCGGCAAGCUUUGGCAAAUAAUUUUAUUGAUUCCCAUAGCACUGCUUUCAAAGAUCUUGUAAGUAAUACGACGAAGCCCUUGCCACUCGCAAUAGAAGAGGGACGCAUUGACGUAGAUAAAGGAAGAGUUCUAGACUCGAAGUCGAAAAAAACUUAUAACUUUGACGAAGCGUUUAAAAAAGGAAUUCUAGUGACUUUGAGGAAACCUUUUGAAGUGGACUUCGUGCAGGCUUCUGCAGCUCAAUCAGCUGCUUCACCCACUAGGCAGCUACGCGAAUGUUCUCUAGAUGAAGCUGUUAAAUUCGAAUUACUUAAUCCAGAAGUUUCGGUUGUUAGGGACUUACAAACGGGCAAUUUUAAAUCGGUGGCUGAUGCCCUCAAAGACGGUCAACUUGAGGUUACUAAAACCAUUAUAUUUGACGUGCAAUCGGGUAAAAUCAAAUCUCUGAUAGUAACUUAUGAUCAAUCGGUAAUCAUUUUCUUGAAAGAACCUUUGUCGUUUAAGCAAGCAAUUGAUAUGGGGUAUUUGGAUAUCAAUACUGGUAAGUUCAAGGUGCCUGAUAGUGAAGAUGAAAUAACUUUUAAAGAGUCGAUCACCCUUGGGUUUAUUGAUCCUGAUAGUGCUUUAAUAAAAGACGUGAGUAAAAAGAAACUUAUUAAGCUUCCCGAAGGCUUCAGAAAGGGCCUGAUUGACGCCGAAAAGGGCAACGUAUUAGACAGCUCCACCUCUAAACUAUAUACUCUAUCGGCAGCUCUCGAUAGUGGUCUCUUGGUUACCACUCAAAGUGGUUUCACAUUGAUAGAAAGCGUUACUUAUGGUAUCUAUAAUCCAACUACGGGAUGUUUCAACGAUCCGUUUGUUACCACUAACAUAAUCGAUAGAAAGAAACUGACCCUUACAGAGGCAGUCGCACAAAAUUUAAUAGACCCCAGUUCCACCGUAGUAAAAGAUCUUGAAAAGGGUGUAAUAAUGCCUUUGCUACAAGGAGUUGAAAGUGGUAUAGUAGACGCGCAAGUGGGUCGAGUUCGCGACGUAACUGAGAAAAAGGAUUACGAUUUCGCGAAAGCCCUUGAAAAGGGGUUGAUUUUGCCCGCUGAACAAAGGCAAGCUGUUGAAGAAAAAUACAAACUUUGCGACGAGACUCUCUCAAAACUCCUUCAUUGGAUCGGAGAAGUGGAGGACCGUAUCGCUUCCCAAGACGUUAUCCAUGAAGUUGAAGAAGAUCUUCGUAACCAAAUCAACAUCAUGAAGCAAAUCAGAGACGAUUUAGAACAACAUGCCGGCCAAGUUUCACAUUGUGGCGAUCAAGUUAGGCAGUUGGUGCUCACCGCGGGAGAUAUUUUAUCGAAAAGCGAGGUGUCUGCUUUGGAAAAGAGCGGCCGAAACUUGAAAACUCGCUUUGACAAAGCUAUUGAUAAAACUGAGAAGUUACUGAGACGUCAACUGGCUGCCAGAGACGAACUUGGUAAGCUUAAAGGAGAACUGAACAUAUUCUCUACGUGGUUGGGCAAGGCCAGAAGAACCCUUGAAGAUAAGGAGAGAGCCCUGAGUGAUUUACAAAGGCUCGAUGCCAGCACGGAUAGCACAAGGGAGUUUGUUAGCGAUGUUAUCGCCCAUCAGGCUGAUUUAAGAUUUAUCACCAUGUCCGCACAGAAGUUUGUUGAUGAAGGAAAGGAAUACUUGAUAAUCCUGAACGACUUCCGUACCUCCUUACCAUCCAGACUACCACACAUUGAGCCGAUUUCUUCUCAAGAUUCUCCAGUGCGUAGCGAAGUUUCUCUAGUUACCCAACAGUACAGAGAUUUGCUACACAGAGCCAAUAAUCUUUCUGAUAGAUUAUCAGGCGUUGGUGGACGUCAAAGGGACUAUUCUGAUGCUUUGGAUAAAGCCAGGUCCUGGCUUCGUGACGCCGAACCUAGAGCCAAUAAGUUAUUGAACGAGCCAAUCGGAGGUGAUCCCAAGACUGUUGAAGAUCAACUGCAUAAGGCAAAAUCAUUGAAUAAUGAAUUUGUUGCUAAUGGAAAGCUUAUUGAUAAUGCCAAAGACGCCACAUCUGCCUUGGUACGAUCCCUAGAAGGGCAAAUUUCCCCAUCAGAAAUUCAUCGUUUAGAAGAACCCGUUCAGAAUAUCGAAAACAAAUACAACCAACUAAGUGGUGCCAUUGCAAAUAGAUGCCAAGAAUUAGACACCGCACUGAUCCAGUCCCAAGGAGUCCAAGACGCUUUGGAUGGUAUCAUUGACUGGUUAAACCAGGCCGAAAACCAAUUCAAAAACAUGCAGAGACCCGCUUCUCUGAUUCAAGAAAGACUUGACGAACAACUAAGAGAGCAUAGGGUGUUCCAAUCAGAUAUAGAUACCCAUAUUUCCUCCAUCGACUCUGUCUAUUUGUCUGCUAAUGAGCUGAUUGUGUCUACCAGUAACGCUCGUGUAGCCAAGCAAAUUGAAGGCAAACUAAACGACGUGAAGAACCGCUUCGAAAAGCUCUUUGACAGAGUGCAAAACCGCGGAGUUUUACUUGCCGAAGUCAAUAGAGAUUUGGUGGCAUUUAACAACCAAGCUGCUAAGUUCGAAAAGUGGUACAGUGAAAUCAUGGAAAUAAUCGAGUCUCGAGAGCUCGCCAAGGCACCGGCUGAACAAUACGCUCUUCAAAUGAAGGAAAUCUCGAGAAACCGCGAUGACAACAGAGCGUUAUUCGAAGAAGUUGUUGGCAUCGGCAAGGAAUUGCUUAAUAAACGUGACGUAACUGAUACCAGCAAUGUGAGAGAUCGCGUAAAGAGUAUGGAGAGUCAGUGGAGAGAUCUCGAGAAUCUCAUGGAAGAAAAAACUAAACUGUCCAAACUAAGAGCCGAACAGCAUAGCGCCUACGAAACCUUAAAAGAGCAAGUAUUAGACUGGCUUACCACAAUGGAAACUAAAGUGGCUCGUCUGGAUAUUGUUGCUAUCCACUUAGACACUUUAAGACAACAGAAUGAUGAACUGAAACCCAUAACUUCAGAAUAUAAAGGAUACUCAUCAGUAAUUGACAAGAUCAAUGACAUUGGAACUGCUUAUGACAAUCUUAGCAGAGGAGACAGGCCAGAUUCACCCUCAAGGCGUAAAGGUUAUAGUCCCACCAAGCGGCCAAUGUCUGGACGUAGAUCAUCCCAAGACGCCCGAUCUCCUUCACCAACCAAAGGACUCAGUCCUCUUUCUACCGGCGGAUCAAGUGGAUUCUCCUCAAGACGUUCAAGUCAAGAUGGAUUCCAUUUGGAAGAACUGUCCCCGGUUCAACAACAACUCUCUGAAAUCAAUAAUAGAUAUUCAUUUUUGGGUGUAAAGAUUAAUGAUAGACAAUCGGAGAUUGAUUCGAUACGUGAUGAGCUGAAGAAGCAACUGGAUAAUCUGAAGACUUUAAGCUCCUUCCUUGAAAAGAUCCACAGGCAAAUGCCUAAGGACAGCGUUCCAAAUACUAAAGAAGAAGCUGAUAAGCUAAAUAAACAAAUUAAGCAUGUGCUUGAAGAGAUGUAUGAGAAACAAUCACUUUUGGACACCACCACCAGCCAAGUUAGAGAUCUGUUAAAGCGCAAGGCUGGUGCUAUAGGAGCAGAUAACCUAAAUGACGAACUAGAAGAAGUACUGUCCCACUGGAAGAGUAUCAAUGACUACUUAAAAAAUCGCAUUAAAUUUAUGGAAGACAUGAAAGAAUUCCACGAUACACAUGACUCAUUAAACUCUUGGUUGGGUGCUAAAGAGCGUAUGCUCACAGUCCUUGGUCCAAUUUCAAGUGACUCCAGAAUGGUCCAAUCUCAAGUUCAACAAGUACAAGUGCUUCGCGAAGAGUUUAGGUCACAACAGCCCCAGUUACAGCAUCUCUUAGAUGUAGGGGAUGAUGUAUUAUCAUAUUUGGAACCGCGCUCCAGUGACCAUCAAAAGAUCGAUAAUAAGCUCACGGCAAUUCAACAAAAAUGGGCUGAUAUUCUUGGAAAAUUGGAUGAACGCGCUGAUUCCUUGGGAGCGGCAGCUGACACCAGUAGAGAAUUUGAUGCUCAAUUGACGCGACUUAAAGAUGCUUUACAAGGCAUCUCUGAUAAUUUGGAUGAAGUUUCUUUCGAAAAAGACCCAGAGGAGCAACUGCGAAAAGUAGAAAACCUGGAGCGUCAACUGGAAGGACAAAGACCUCUUCUUGCAGACCUGGAAGCAAAUGGUGCCCAAUUAUGCGAAGUGCUCAGCGACCCAGCAUCUAGAGCCGACAUACAGAGCAAGCUGGCAUCCAUAGGACGUCAGUACAACGCUUUGCAAAAGAAAUUAGACCUUAAGAAGGCUGAAAUUGAAGGAUCUCUUCGUGAUGGACGUCAGUUCGAAGCCUCAUGUGCUAAAACCCUCGGUUGGCUUUCGGAUGAGCUCGGAUCUUUAACCGAAAGACUUUUAAUCUCUGCAGAUAGAGAUGUUCUUGAGCAACAACUUGUUAAUCACGAACCUAUCUAUAGGGAUGUCCUUGCAAGAGAACACGAAGUGAUAAUGUUACUCAACAAAGGCCGAGAAAUGGUGUCAAGGUCGACCAAGGCCGACACUAGAGCAGUGCAACGAGAUUUGGACAAAAUCCAACAAUCUUGGGAAAAAUUGCGUAAAGAAGCUGUAGACCGACAGACACGUCUUAAGACAUGCCAAGAACACUGCCGCAAGUAUUACACUACCCUAGAAUCUUUCCUGCCCUGGCUAAGACAAGCUGAGGAUAAAAUUGACUCUUUAAGACUACAAUCGUUUGAAAAGAAACACAUUGAAAAACAACUUAGGGAACUGCAAGCUUUUAGAAAUGAAGUAUGGAAAAAGAGUGGUGAAUACGAAAAUACCCGCUCACUUGGAGAAACGUUUUUGUCUUCGUGUGAUAUUGACAAAGAAAUUGUAAAGAACGAGUUGCAAGAACUUAAAGAACGCUGGGACAAACUUAACAAUGACCUUAUCCUAAGAACCCAAGCUUUAGAAGAUCAAUCUAGAAAACUAGGAGACUUCAACGAAAAUUUGAGGGAUCUCAAACACGGUCUUGAAAGAUGCGAGGAUAAACUGGCAUCGCAUGACGCCUUAGGAGGUGCAUCCAGAGAUCCCAAACUCCUAGACCGAAUUAAGGCUUUAAGGGAAGAAACCGCCGGAUUAAAGAAACCAUUGCAAGCUCUUAAAAAUCAAGCUGAAGAUCUAUGCCACGAAGCUGCCGAGAACGGUAUUGAUGCUAACCAACUGAAAGACGACGUUGACAGCAUUGGAGACCGCAUUAAUGAUUUACAAAGCAAAUUAAACGACAGAUGCUUAGAUCUUCAAUCUGCUGCAACAGCCGUUACCCAGUUUAAUGAUAAAGUUAAAGGACUUUCACAUGAUCUUUCUGCCUUGGAGACUGAACUUGAUAACAUGAAAGCUCCUGGACGCGACAUUAAGACUGUGCGAGGACAACUCGAUGAUGUGGCCAGGUUUAUUAGCAAAGUGGCCAAAGCUCAUAACGAUGUCGAAGAUACUAUAUUAGCCGGAGAACGUCUUGUUGAUAGCGGAUUUGCUCCGGACACCGCUCAGACACGCCAACAAGUUGAUGCAUUGAAGAGACAACUUGGAAAGUUGGAUGAUCGUGCGCAUAACAGAGAACAGGAGCUAGAGUCUGCUCUUAAAAAGCUAGAAGACUUCUACAUCGGUCACGCUGAAGUCUUAGAUGGAGUCAAAGAAGCUUCUGAACAACUGCGCAAGCUUAAACCCAUUGGUUCAGACGUAGAGGGUAUUAGAGCUCAACAAAAAGAUUUUAAGAAGUUCAGAGCAUCCACUGUGGAACCAUUAAAUAAGAGUGUAGAAACAUGCAACAGAUUUGGCCAAGGACUCAUUCAAUCAGCAGCAUCCGGUGUCAACACUCAGAUCCUCGAAAAAGAUUUAGAAAAAAUGAACGAUCAGUGGAACACCUUAAAAGAAAAAAUUAACGAUCGCGAACGUAAACUUGACAUUGCCUUACUUCAAUCAGGCAAAUUCCAAGAAGCCCUCGAUGGGUUAUCAAAAUGGUUGGCUGAUACUGAAGAGCUUGUAGCAAAUCAAAAAGCUCCUUCGGCUGAUUACAAGGUAGUUAAGGCACAGUUGCAAGAGCAAAAAUUCUUGAAAAAGAUGCUCUUGGACCGUCAGAAUUCCAUGUCGUCUCUGUUUACUAUGGGCAAUGAGAUCGCUAAAGAAGCUGAACCGUCUGAGCGUAAGGCUAUUGAGAAACAAUUAAAAGAUCUUAUUGGGCGUUUUGACGCCUUAACAGAAGGAGCUCAACAACGCACCUUGGAUUUAGAGCAUGCAAUGAAAGUUGCCAAGGAAUUCCAAGACAAGCUGACUCCAUUACAAGAUUGGUUGGAACGAAGCGAAAAGAAGGUUAGAGACAUGGAACUCAUACCCACUGAUGAAGAAAAGAUUCAGCAGAGGAUUAAGGAGCAUACAGCUCUUCACAAUGACAUUUUAAGCAAAAAACCUGACUUUAGAGACCUUGCUGACGUCGCCUCUAAUUUGAUGAACCUGGUUGGUGAUGAUGAGGCCGCCACUCUGGCCGAUAAGUUAACUGAAGUAACUGACAGAUAUGGCAAUUUGGUAGACGCUAGCGAGAAUAUUAGGCAACUACUUGAGGCAUCAAGAAAAGGCCUUAGGACAUUGGUCCUAACUUACCAAGACUUAGCUGGGUGGAUGGAUGCCAUGGAACAGAGGUUGGCUCGUUACAAAGUCCUAGCUGUCCAUACAGAUCGUUUGUUAGAACAAAUGGAUGAUCUUGUCGGCCUUACAGAAGAUAUCGUUGGACGUCAAAAAGAUAUUGAUGAUACAGUUGAUGCUGGUAUUGAACUAAUGAGGCACAUAUCAUCUGACGAAGCGUUGCAACUUAAAGAUAAACUCGAUUCGCUGCAGAGGCGUUAUAAUGAUCUUACUUCACGUGGAAACGACUUGCUUAAGAACGCACAAGCGUUGCUGCCAUUGGUGCAGAAGUUCCAUAAUAAUCACAAUCGUUUGGUGGAAUGGAUGCAGGGUGCCGAAUCUAUUUUACAGUCUGCAGAGCCAAACGAGGGAGAAAUCGCUCGAUUGGAAGUAGACCUGCAAGAACUAAGACCUGUGCUUGAAACUAUUAACGUGCUUGGGCCACAACUUUGCCAAGCCAGUCCGGGAGAAGGUGCCGCAACUAUUGAAGGCCUAGUAUCCAGAGACAAUAGAAGAUUUGAUGCUAUUGCUGAACAGAUUCAACGCAGAGCUGAGAGGAUCCAUCUGGGAAAACAACGUGCCUUGGAAGUUACCGGAGAUAUUGACGAGCUCCUAGAAUGGUUCCGAGAGGUUGAAGCCCAAAUAAAAGAUGCGGAAAAACCGUCAGCUGAACCCGAUUUGAUUCGUGUGCAACUUAAGGAGCACAAGGCUCUGAAUGAUGAUAUUUCCAGUCAAAAGGGUAGGGUACGUGAUGUGCUUUCCACCGCAAAGAAGGUGCUGAGAGAGAGCCCGCCAAGCGAAGACACUUCACUAAUCAGAGAAAAGAUGGAAGAUCUUAGAGAAGCUAUGGAUAACGUAUCCGCAUUGAGCUCUGAUAGGUUGGGAAUCUUAGAGCAAGCCCUGCCGUUAGCGGAACACUUCAACGAUACCCAUAUUGGCCUCUUAAAUUGGCUAGGCGAUAUCGAGCAGGAAGUAUCCAUGCUUACGAUGCCCGCUUUGAGACCUGAAGCGAUCCAGCAACAGCAGGAUAAAAACGAAAUGCUUGUUAAGAGCAUUCACGAACAUAAACCCUUGGUAGAUAAGCUAAAUAAGACCGGGGAGGCUUUGAUAAGACUUUGCAAUGAAGAUGAUGGAUCUAAGGUGCAAGAGAUUCUCGACAGCGAUAACGCAAGAUACGCUGCCCUUAAAUUAGAGCUUAGAGAAAGAGAACGUGCUUUAGAGCAAGCCAUGCAAGAAAGCUCGCAAUUCUCCGAUAAACUCGAGGGAAUGUUAAGGGCUUUAACAAAUACUGCCGAUCAAGUAAACAACCAAGAGCCAAUUUCCGCUCACGUUCCAAAGAUUCGCGAUCAGAUUGACGAUAAUGAUGCUAUUGUGAGCGACUUGAACAAGAGAAAAGAGGCUUACGCAGCGGUCCAACGUGCUGCCGAUGAUGUGAUCACUAAGGCCGGCAACAGAGCCGAUCCAGCCGUUAAGGAUAUCAGACACAAGCUGGAUAGACUGAAGAAGCUUUGGGACGAUGUCCAGAGGGCUACGAAAGACAGAGGUCACUCUCUGGAUGACGCUUUGGAUGCAGCCCAGAAGUUCUGGAAGGAGUUGCAUGCUAUCAUGGCUACCUUGAAAGAUCUCGAAGACUCGUUGGUAAGCCAGGAGCCUCCUGCGGUGGAGCCUAAAGCGAUUCAGGAACAACAAGUGGCAUUACAAGAGAUCAGACAGGAAAUCGAUCAAACUAAGCCGGAAGUGGAUCAGGUGAGGAGUUCCGGGAAGAAGCUGAUGAAGCUCUGUGGGGAACCCGAUAAGCCUGAAGUGAAGAAGCAUAUUGAAGACUUGGAUAAUGCGUGGGAUAAUAUUACAGCCUUGUAUGCCAAGAGGGAGGAAAAUCUGAUUGAUGCUAUGGAGAAAGCUAUGGAAUUCCAUGAAACUUUACAGGACAUUUUGGCCUUCUUAGAUAAAGCAGAGAAGAAAUUUGAUAAAAUGGGACCACUGGGCGCUGACAUUGACGCUGUAAAGCGUCAGAUCGACCAACUUAAGGCCUUUAAGGCAGAAGUUGAUCCACAUAUGGUCAAAGUUGAAGCUCUUAAUAGGAGUUUGAUAAGGCAAGCCCAAGAACUCACCGAGCGCACCUCGGCCGACCAAGCGGCCUCAAUAAAGGAACCGCUCUCAACCGUCAAUAGACGCUGGGACGACCUUUUACGCGGCAUGGUUGAAAGACAGAGACAAUUAGAAAACGCACUACUACGUCUCGGCCAAUUCCAACAUGCGCUCAACGAGCUGCUGGUUUGGAUUUCCAAGACCGACAAGACGUUGGACGAACUUAAACCUGUCGCAGGAGAUGCACAAACUUUAGAAAUUGAACUUGCCAAGUUGAAGGUUCUAAUCAAUGAUAUACAAGCACAUCAGACCAGUGUUGACACCUUAAAUGAUGCGGGAAGGCAGAUCAUUGAGAGUGGAGAAGACCGUCAUGAAGCUUCAGCGACUCAAGAGAAGCUAAACACAUUAAAUACUCAAUGGCGCGCACUAGUUCAAAAAGCAGCUGAUCGUCAGAGAGAGCUUGAAGAUGCCUUGAGUGAAGCUCACAGCUUCAACCAAGAAGUCCAAGAUCUACUGGCAUGGCUUGGUGAUGUCGAUAACGCUGUGGCUGCCUCUAAACCAGUUGGAGGACUACCAGAAACCGCCUCAGAACAACUUGAGCGAUUCAUGGAGGUCUAUAAUGAAAUUGAAGAUAAUCGUCCUAAAGUGGAAACCGUACUGGCUCAGGGACAAGAGUAUUUGAAGAAAGCACCAGCGAAUUCCGCUUCUAACUUGCAGCACAACUUAAGAACGUUAAAGCAACGUUGGGAUUCCGUCACCGCACGUGCCAAUGAUAAGAAGAUUAAGUUGGAAAUAGCCCUUAAGGAAGCAACGGAAUUCCACGAAUCAUUACAAGCAUUUGUUGAUUGGUUAACUAACGCCGAAAAGAUUUUGACUAAUCUCAAACCUGUGUCAAGAGUAUUGGAUACUGUGCAACAUCAAAUUGAGGAACACAAAAUAUUCCAAAAGGAUGUAAGUGCUCACAGGGAAAUUAUGCUAGCAUUAGACAAAAAGGGUACCCACUUAAAAUACUUCAGCCAAAAACAAGAUGUUAUUCUGAUAAAGAACUUGUUAAUCAGCGUGCAACAUCGUUGGGAACGAGUGGCGUCUAAAUCUGCCGAACGAACCAGGGCGCUAGACUUGGGUUACAAAGAAGCCAAGGAGUUCCACGAUUCUUGGGCUGGUUUAAUGAACUGGCUUGAGGACACCGAACAAAAUCUGGAAGAUCUUAUGAACGACACAGCUGGCAACGAUCCAGAGAAGAUCAAAGCACGGCUGGCCAAACACACAGAGUUCCAAAGAGCUUUAAGCGGCAAACAAGCCACUUACGACGCUGUCAUGAAAAGUGGCAAAAACCUAAAAGAUAAGGCGCCCAAGUUCGAUGAAAACACUUUGAAACAGAUGCUGCAAGACCUAAAGAACAAAUGGACAAGUGUGUGCAAUAAGAGCCGCGAGAGGCAACAGAAACUGGAAGAAGCUCUGCUCUAUUCUGGCCAGUUUAAGGAUGCCGUGGCCGCACUGCUGGAAUGGCUAAAGAAAGCCGAAAAGGAGUUAUCACAGGACAGUCCAGUGCACGGAGAUUUAGAUACUGUCACUCAUUUGAUUGAUAUUCAUAGACAGUUCGAGAAGGAACUUGAGCAGCGUAACGAUCAAAUGGAGUCCGUUAUGCGCAGCGGUCAAGAACUAGAAAGGACCGCUAGUAAACAAGAUGCGGCCCAUAUAAGACAUCAACUAACAGACCUCACUCAACUAUGGGAAUCUGUUACUGGAUUAACCCAUUUGAAAACUGAUCGUUUGCAUGACGCCCUCAAGGAAGCUGAGAAGCUUCAUAAGUCAGUAAACAUGAUCUUGGACUGGCUAAGCGAUGCUGAGAUGAAACUUCGCUUUGUUGGCAACGCACCUGAAGACGAAUCGGCCGCCUACGAACAACUGAAAGCGCUCGAUGAAUUCAGGGCCCAACUUAACGAAAAAGAAAUCGAAAAAGACCAAACCUUAAACUUAGCUCAUAAUAUUUUGGCUAAAGCCCAUCCAGAUUCCAUCAACGUAAUCAAAAACUGGAUUAAAGUGAUAAAAUCGCGAUGGGAAGAGGUGUCGCAGUGGGCGUUGCAGCGUCAUCAAAAGAUCUCCGCGCAUAUGCAGUCGUUGCGCGAUAUGGACGAGACCUUGGAGGAGCUCAUUCAGUGGCUCCUGGGCUUGGAGAAUACUCUGAUCGCAUUAAAGAAGGAAGAGUUACCGAUGGAUAUUUCCGCGACCGAGCAGCUUAUUGCGGACCACAAGGAGUUUAUGGAGAACACCCAGAGGAGACAAGCGGAAGUCGAUAAGGUUUGCAAGGCUAAGCAGGUGAAAAUUGUUCAGCCUGGGAAGGAUCCCAGGAAGUUCGGCAAAGGAAAAGGACCCAUUCGCGGCUCUCAGCACGACUUACACGAGACUUCUUCAGAACACGGCACCCUUGGGCGUAAGCAAAGCUUCAAAGGAUCAAGAGAUUUAUUAUCGCAACGUGGAAGUCGCGUCAGUCCUGGAAGAGAGCUCAGUCCCGAUCCCGGUUAUCCUCACAUCGGGCCCAGGUUCCCACCUGCUGGAAGCGAACCCGAAUUCCGUUCGCCACGUGUCAAAUUCCUAUACGACAAGUGGCGUCACGUGUGGGUACUGUCAUGGGAAAGACAGCGUGAACUCUACGACCAUUUGGCUUAUCUGAAAGAAAAAGAAAAGGCGGACAACUUCUCAUGGGAUGACUGGAGGAAACGCUUCUUGAAGUUCAUGAACUACAAGAAGUCCAGGUUAACAGAUCUCUUUAGGAAAAUGGACAAGGACAACAAUGAGCUGAUCCCCAGAGAAGAUUUUAUCGAUGGAAUUAUUAAAACCAAAUUCGACACUUCAAGGUUAGAAAUGAAACACGUAGCAGACAUGUUCGACGAGAACAACCGCGGACUGAUCGACUGGAAGAAGUUCAUCGCCGCCCUCAGACCCGAUUGGGAAGAAAAAGCUCCGGAUCAUGACGCCCAGAAAAUACACGACGAGGUCAAGAGGUUGGUCAUGUUGUGUACCUGCAGGCAAAAGUUCCGGGUAUUCCAAGUCGGUGAAGGAAAAUACAGGUUUGGCGACAGUCAGAAGCUUCGUUUGGUACGAAUUCUGCGUAGUACCGUUAUGGUACGUGUAGGCGGAGGCUGGGUUGCCUUAGAUGAAUUCCUUUUGAAGAACGAUCCGUGCAGAGCUAAGGGCCGCACUAACAUUGAGCUGCGCGAGCAAUUCAUCCUGGCCGACGGCGUGUCGCAGACGAUGACCGCAUUUAAGAGCAAAAGGUCGUCAGCCAGCCCGGUAUCUGGUUCUUCAAGCAGUUCGCUGCGUACACCCCAAGGCCCCAUCACCAAGGUAAGAGAACGCUCCCAACGUUCCGUGCCAAUGGGCAGUCUUCCAAGAACCUCCAAGUCUUCUCUGUCAGCCGGCACACCGGAUUCGCUUAGCGACAACGAAAGUGGAUUUAGAACCCCGAGGAAACCAAGUUACAGGUCCAAUCUGACCCCUGGUGGAUCGCGAAGCAACUCUAGGCCGGCUUCUCGUACGGGCAGUCGUCCGGGAAGCAAACCACCUUCCAGGCACGGAUCUAACUUGAGUUUGGAUAGUACUGAUGAUACCCCAUCAAGAAUACCAAGAAGGACACCAACCACAUCUGGCAGAAGCUCAGCAACCCUUUCCUCUGCCAGGAAAACUGCUGUUAAUGGCACUGGAUCAAGACCAAGAACACCAAGUGGCUUGAGGUCGCCUGCUAGUCCGGCUCUAAGAUCGGCAAACAUUUCGAGAGCAUCGAGUAUACCAACCUUAACUGGAAUAACCCCAAGUUCAUCAAGGUCUCGCAUACCAAUAUACAGGGGAAACAGUAAAGAUGAACCGGAGACGUCACUCUCAACGUCUAGUUCCUGUUCCGUAUCUCUAUCUUCUGGCGGAAAAUCUACUGCAAGUAAAUCGAAAAUUCCUCUGAUAAAGAGGAGCGCGAGUUCCGGCAAAGUUAGGCAAGUGACCAUUGGCGUCGCCCCUACAUUAAGGACAGCAUCUAGAACCCGAACACCAUCAGGCUCAAACACCCCCGUUCAUCCCGAACAGGCGACUGCAGUGUCUCGCUUACUAAGAAAAAAUUCCGGGGCAUCUGAAACGCCCACAGGACAAGCGAGACGAAAGAAAAUCUCCAUAGAAGAACGGGAACCUUUUAGGUUAUAAUUUUAUUAUUUAAGUAUAAAAUUAAUUUAGUUAGGUUCUUUAACUUAUUUCGAACUUAAAAUGACUGACAUAAGUUAGCUUUAUACCCUUAAAAAGAAUGUUGUUCAUAUUUUUGUAUAAAAAUGUUAAUUUAUUGAGGCGGCGAUUGUAAGUUGGUGGUAUUCGCCAGUGCCGCCAUCGAGCGGUCGUCGCAGAUUGUUGUGUAAGUGGAAAAGUUCUUUUUUUCAAUUUCUUUUAAUGAGGAGAAUUGAGUUUUUUGAGUGUAACGUUGUAAAUUAGUUGCCAUAUAUUAUAAAAAUUUUAUUUAUUUACUUUAUACUUUAUAACAAAAAAAAAUUAAAACGUUUUUUUAGGUUUCUUUUACCAAAACAAUUUAUUUGUAUAUUAUUAUGAAGUUGUUAAGUUGGGACCAUUUUUACUAAUUUUUUUUCUAACCCAUCAUUGCUUUAUAUAUAUACCUUUAUAUAAUUUUAUUUUCUAAAAAAAAAUUUUUAUUUUGUUUUGCUAGUAGUGUUCUAGCAUAGAGGUGAAGAAAGUGUGAUAACCAGUGAAAACGAGUGUUAAAAUGGGGUUUUGUAAUCGCCAGUACGGAAUUCUAUUUUAACAUUUCUGUUUAUUUGUAUUGCUUUUUUUGUAUUAUUUAACUUUAAUAAAAAUCUUAAUUUUA